CCUUCCGGUUCCGGUCCUCUCUCCGUCGCUAGCUGCGUGGUUUAGCAGCGUUAGCUCGUCUCCCCGUGUUUCCCUCCGCUACGGGAUCAGAACCAGCAGCAUGUCGUACCAGGAGGAGGAAGAGUCUUCGGUUCCGGCCCAGUACGACCCGUACGCCUACCCCAACGACUGCGACCUGCACACCGGUGACCCCAAGGCGGACCUGGCCUACGAGCGGCAGUACGAGCAGCAGACCUACACCGUCAUCCCCGAGGUGAUCAAGAACUUCCUGCAGUACUUCCACAAAACCACCUCCGACCUGAUCGACCAGAAGGUCUACGAGCUGCAGUCCAACGGCGUGUCCAGCGAGAGCAUCGAGCAGAAGAUCUACGAGAUCCAGGACGUGUACGAGAACAGCUGGAACAAGUUGACCGACCGCUUCUUCAAGAACUCCCCGUGGCCGGAGGCCGAGGCCAUCGCGGCGCUGGUCGGCAGCGAUGCUGUGUUCAUCAUCCUCUACAAGGAGCUGUACUACAGACACAUCUACGCCAAAGUCAGCGGAGGACCCACUUUGGACCAGAGGUUUGAGUCGUACUACAACUACUGCAAUCUCUUCAAUUACAUCCUCAAUGCGGAGGGCCCCGCCCCCUUGGAGCUGCCCAACCAGUGGCUGUGGGACAUCAUCGAUGAGUUCAUCUACCAGUUCCAGUCCUUCAGUCAGUACCGCUGUAAGACGGCCAAGAAGUCUGAGGAGGAAAUCGAGUUUCUGAGGAGCAACCCGAAGAUCUGGAACGUCCACAGCGUGCUCAACGUCCUCCACUCGCUGGUGGACAAGAGCAACAUCAACAAGCAGCUGGAGAUCUACACCAGUGGAGGAGACCCAGAGAGCGUGGCGGGGGAGUACGGCCGUCACUCGCUGUACAAGAUGCUGGGCUACUUCAGCCUGGUGGGGCUCCUGAGGCUCCACUCGCUGCUGGGGGACUACUACCAGGCCAUCAAGGUCCUGGAGAACAUCGAGCUCAACAAGAAGAGUAUGUACUCCCGGGUGCCCGAGUGCCAGAUCACCACCUACUACUACGUGGGCUUCGCCUACCUGAUGAUGCGGCGCUACCAGGACGCCAUCCGGGUGUUCGCCAACAUCCUGCUCUACAUCCAGAGGACGAGGAACAUGUUCCAGAGGUCGACCUAUAAAUACGAGAUGGUGAACAAACAGAACGAGCAGAUGCACGGCCUGCUGGCCAUCGCGCUCACCAUGUACCCGAUGCGCAUCGACGAGAGCAUCCACACCCAGCUGAGGGAGAAGUACGGAGACAAGAUGCUGCGCAUGCAGAAAGGAGACCUGCAGGUGUUCGAGGAGCUCUACAGCUUCGCCUGUCCCAAGUUCCUGUCGCCGGUGGUGCCGAACUACGAAAACGUCGACUCCAACUACCACAAGGAGCCGUUCCAGCAGCAGCUCAAGGUGUUUGCCGAGGAGGUGCAGCAGCAGGCCCAGCUGUCCACCAUCCGCAGCUUCCUGAAGCUGUACACUACGAUGCCCGUGGCCAAGCUGGCCGGCUUCCUGGACAUGACGGAGCAGGAGUUCCGCAUCCAGCUGCUCGUCUUCAAACACAAGAUGAAGAACCUGGUGUGGACCAGCGGCGUCUCGGCUCUGGGCGGAGAGUUCCAGUCAGCGUCUGAGGUUGACUUCUACAUCGACAAGGACAUGAUCCACAUCGCGGACACCAAAGUGGCUCGUCGCUACGGAGACUUCUUCAUCAGACAGAUCCACAAGUUUGAGGAGUUGAACAAGACGAUGAAGAAGACUCUGGCCACCGGCACCGCCGCCGCUGCAACAACAACAGCAGCCGCAGCGCGAGCAGUCUGACCUCAGGGUUCUACGAUUGAUAACUUUUCUAUGUAACUGGCAUCAAUAAACUGGAGCGCUGAA